GUCUCGAACUGACAAAUGACGAAGGAGCGUUUUUGUAUAGACCAAUCAUCUCUUGAGCUGAGGACCCUCUGGCCAAUCAACAUUCAGAAUAGUUGUGCGUACGUCUGCGCGCCCUUGAUUGUCGUCGCACGGUCAGAGAGAGGAAAAAGUACAGUUAGGCCAGAAAAAACGAAGAAAAAACUCGGCUCAAACAUUAACUUGUCCCUGUGUCUAUUACCAACGAUGCCGAGUGACGACUUGGUACUGGACAGUUUUGAGGAGUUGGAUGACUUCUCAGACUCUGGCAGUGAUUUUGAGGCAACGAUUAAAUCCUCAAAGCAAAGAAAAAAGGCAGUGCUUGGACCUCAACCACCCAAGAAACCUAGGCUCAGAGCUGCAUCGAGGCUAGAAUCCAUCUCCAGUCGUAGCCCCAUCCCCUCUACUGUAGAAGCUUCAAAGCAUCGGCAGCAGGUUCCCCGGGGAAUACCCAGACAGGCCUCUCCUAGACCUGAAAGAAGGGUGAAUGAGGGGAACCAGGAUAUCAGUGCUGAGAAUAUCUACGAUGCAGUCAGCUCUGGAAAGAGUGCCAUGGUGACUAUAGUGGACGAGUGGCUGGAAAGCUACAAGCGAAGUCGGGAGGUGGGGCUGCUGGUGCUCAUCAACUUCAUUGUUCAGUCCUGUGGAUGCAAAGGUGUGGUUAGCAGAGAGAUGAUUGACAGCAUGCAGAAUGCUGACAUCAUUGGCACGCUAACCAAAGAGUUUAAUGAGGACUCAGGGAAUUACCCUCUGUGCACUCCAGGGCUCCAGCAGAAACGUUUUAAGGCUGGCCUAUGUGAAUUUGCUCAGGCUUUGGUGCGCUCCUGUCGAAAUAGCCUCGUUUUUGACGAAUACCUCUUCCCCUCCCUGCUGUCUUUGCUCACCGGCCUGUCCGACUCCCAGGUCCGAGCCUUUAGACACACAAGUACCCUGCUAGCCAUGAAGCUGAUGACAGGGCUGGUAGAAGUAGCUGUGAUGGUGUCUGUUCAGCUGCAGACCACCCAGCGGCAAUACGACAUGGAGAACAGCAAGAGGGCACAACACAGAGCUUCUGACAGACUGGAGGAGCUGCAGGCCAACAUCAGCAAGCUGCAAGAGAACAGAGAGGAGCUUUCAUCCAUGAUAAAUGCCACCUUUCGUGGAGUUUUUGUGCACCGAUACCGAGACCGGCUGCCUGAGAUCCGGGCGGCGUGUAUCGAGGAGCUGGGCGUGUGGCAGAAAACUGACCCCGAAGACUUCCUCAAUGAUGGAUACCUUAAAUACCUGGGAUGGACCCUUCAUGAUAAGCAAAGUCCAGUGCGUCUGCAGUGUGUGCGUGCCCUGCAGGGUCUGUACCAGGAGAAGGAAUUUAUUGGCCGCCUGGAGCUUUUCACCAGCAGAUUCAAAGAGAGGAUACUUAGCAUGGUGCUGGACAAGGACCAAGAUGUGGCAGUGGAAGUGUUCAGUUUGUUGCAGCAGAUCCAACAGAGGACUGAGGAGGGGCUGAAAGAAGAGGAUUGUGCCCACAUCUACCCCUUGGUUUAUGCUUCACAUAGAAGCCUGGCAUCUGCAGCCGGCAGCUUCCUCUACAACAAGCUGAAAAGUGUGAUUUCCAGUGGAAACCAGGGGAAUGUAGCCUUCUUUGAAAUCCUCAUCUCCUUCUACAUCCAGAGUGAGUUUCACGAACAUGGGACAUAUCUGGUGGACAGCCUGUGGGGUGUGGCAGGAUCUGAACUGAGGGACUGGGAAACUAUGACCACUUUAUUGCUACAGGAGUCUGGUCUGAUAUAUGAGGAGGAGGGAGUUCUCAUAGAGCUGAUGAUGUGUGCCAUCAGGCAGGCAGCAGAGGCAACUCCACCUGUUGGGAGAACUCAAGGCAAGAAGAUGGUCCUGAGUAUGAAGGACAAGAAGAUUCAGGAACAAGACAAAAGACGUAUCACCACCCACUUUGUUCCUUUACUUCCUCAGCUUCUGACAAAGUACUCAGCAGAUGCACAGAAAGUGAGCCUUCUGCUCAAAGCUCCCCUCUACUUUGACCUGGAGAUGUACAAUAGUGCUCAGUGGCUGGAGAAGCAUCUGGACCUGCUGCUGUCCCAGGUGUGUGGCAUUGUGGAGAAGCACACAGAGCACAUUGUGUUGGAGGCUUGUGCCGUCCUUGCCAGUGCCCUUUGCUCCGUCCGCUACACCUUCUCCUCCCGCGCACACCGGGCGUUCAGCCAGCUGUUGGACAGCUUGUGUGAAUGGUUCAGCGCCUAUCUGGGCGACCUGCUGCAGGGAAUUGCAGAUGAAGACGAACUGUAUAGUGCAGCCAGUGCAUUGAAAAGGAUCGCUACCUUGGGCAGCGCCAUAGACCCGACAGGCUGGAAGAUAUUGGACCCCUGUAUUGAACUGCUGAGGAGCAGGUUGGAGUCUGGAGAUCUUGAGAAGGAGCUCAUGGUGUCAGCUCUGAGAUGUGCAGCCUAUCACCUGAUGUGGGCUAAAGUGAAUGCGGUCAACUCCAAGCCACAUGAGGCUGAACUGAAGCGUCUGAAAAAGCAGGUGCAUUCAUUUACUAGAGUCUGUCAGACAUGUCUGUCUGUGAACCAGCCCGAGAUCAGAAAUCAGGCAUUUGAGCUUCUGUGUGACCUGCUGCUGUUGUACAGUGUGACAUCUGUCCGCUCUGAACCAGCCCUCCAGUCACUGGUCCACCCUCCCUCUGACUCCCUGCGCUCGGAGUUGGCUGCUUUCCUUCUCGAUUACAUCUUCAUGGAUCCAGAAGAUGCUGAUCUCAGCGCUGAGGAUGAGGAGGAAAUGAAGAUACGUCUCCUGCAGACGAAGCGUAGCCAACUGGCUGGAUACUGUAAACUGGUCAUCUAUGAGGUGCUGGACCUUACUGCUGCCACUGAUGUCUUCAAGCACUACAGCAAGUACUUUAAAGACUUUGGUGACAUCAUUAAAGAGACUGUGAGCAGGAGCAAACUUAUCAAUCCUGUACAGAGUGCCAAGGCUGUCUGUCUGAGUCUGCAGCAGCUGUUCUCAGAGAAGCUUACAGAGGCUCAUAGCAGGCGGAAUCUCCUAGAAAUUAAAGACUUGGCCAAGAGGCUUGCCUUGAGUUUUGGCAUCGACCUCAACCGUAUCCGCAAACCUGUGAUGGCUGUGCACAUGGAUGGUGUGCGUUUUGCCUUUCGAAAAUCGAAGGAAGGGGAGGAACAACAUGCAAAUGUGACCUUCUUGGAGAUCCUGAGCGAGUUCAGUUCCAAGCUGCUACAACAGGACCGCGUCGUACUCGCUGCGUUUUUGAAAUCAGAGUGUCCCGGUGCUGUCCUCUCCUGGCCGUCAGUCAGAAUGUAUCAGCGUUCAUUGGAGCCUCGCUCCUCUGCUAAGCCCAGAGAGCAGGAGGAGGAGGAAGCAGUUGUUGUCCCCUCACGUGAAAUGCCUCUCGCUAAACGCAAGCGGACCGCUUCUCAGGGUUCAGUGGACAAAGAGUUGUGGUUGGACGGCAGCAGUAUCCGCAGCGGCCUGACAACCCCAGCCUUCACCUCCACUGCCCUGAGGCGGCCCGCCAAGCAACAGGCCACCACCAAACCCAGAGCCGCACAGUCUGAUGUUGAAAGCGUUUUCGACAAGCCAGAGUCAGAGGACGACCUCUCCUCAGGGUCACAUAUGCGAAAAGUGAAGCCCAGCAAGCGACUCCGACUCUCCUCCAACCAGACUAGCGCCACCUUGGACCAGCGAGACCUGGACUCUCAUAUGAACCUAUUGUCUCUCAGUCAGAAUGAAGAUGGAGAAGGAGAGGGGGAAGAGAUUGAAGAUGACGAAAGUGACUUGGAUAGUGAAUCUGCUUAUACACUGCCGUCCACGCGCCACACUUCAGUCAGUGCGCUGGAUGAGCUGUUUGACUGAGGACGCACACCUGACUCCUCUGUGUUUACACUGAGCCAUGUGAUCUUUCGGCACGCCUGUCAGUUUUGCUUUGCUCGUUUGUUUUGAUAGGGAAAGCAGUAAAAUAAUAAUCCUCUGGUCCAGGGAUUAAAUGUUAAAAAUGGUUGUUUGAUUUAAGUUUCAGAAAUGGUUGAAAAAGAGCGAUUGUGUUCAGGCUUUGUUAUAUUCAUGUUUCAUAGAAAGAUGCAACUCAUGUAUUACACAUUUUGUAUUUGAUUUGCUAAUAUCUUGGGUGACAACUUAAAAAAAAUAAUAAAAAAUUGUUUAACUGAGCAAACUGA